AUUACAAAAGUAGAGCUUGGGUGUUGUACCCAGAGAGAUGUUUGCUUGCUCUGGGCCCCUUUGGACAGAGGAUUGGGUUUGGAGGUGCCUUCCUCCAGGUGUGUCCCUGGCUAGGGGUAGGGACUCAGCCCCAGUCCUGGGACCAGCAUGUUUAACAAGGUACCUGGUACCAUCCUCGAUUGAAGUCAGAGUCGCAGACUUUGAGAAAAUUACCUUCCAGGCUCUAAUGAAGCCAAGAGAGGGGGAGUCCCCAAGGUGCUGAGUUUGACUCUAUCAUUAAGCUAGUAAAGUGGAAAAAUAAAAGUAGAAAGCCCAAGUGGAAACCAGACCAGAAAGCCAGGAGGCUCAGCAGAAUCUGCACGGCGCUUCCUCUGGAUGGGUGGCUGAACUAGAAGUCUGGUUAUUUCUCUUAUAAAAUAGAGUGACAGUUGCUCUACCUACUCAGAGUAUUAUGAAGGCCAAAUGAGGGGGUGCACAAAAAACCACCCUCUGGCUCUUGGCACAGGCUGAGAGCUGGGGUGAACACCUUGGCUGGUCUGCCUUCCCUGGUGGCUGGAGCCUGGGCAUCCUGCCCUUUUGGGAGAUCCCGGUCUAUGCAGUCACUACCCUCUGUGGCCCUGUGUUUAGGGUCCCCUGGGGAGGCCAUGAGUGGCACAUGGCCAGAUAAAACCAUGACCCCUUCUGCUCCCCAACCAGUUGAUAUCAGCCCUGCUAUAGGGGAUGAAGCCUGGGGAGACUUCUUUAGCUUCUAUUUUCCUGAAGAUAAAAAUUGUGAUAUUUGCAUUUGUUGUGGGAUAUUUGGAAUACAGCGUACAGAGAAGAAUAAAGAAAUCCACGUAAAUCGUUGCCUCUGGUCCAGCCACCAAGAGCAGUUUCCACUCCUGCCCUCACCUGGGUUGAAGCCUAGUCCUGGGAGGGUCAUUCCCCUAACUUCAGAUGUCCUUUCCCAGAACCAUAAGACCCCUCUAGGCCCAGUCUGCAUGCUGUCAUAGCAUCUCAUCACUGGGGUGUCCUGGAACCCACCAGACCUGAGAGGGAGGCAGGGUGGUGGGGGCGGUUGGGCCUCACUUUCCCUCCCUUCCAGAGACUGCUCUCACUACCUGAGACAGGGGCUGAGAGCUCAGGGCUGUGCUGGACUCUCCAACAGGUGCCUGGCAGCCCCCUCCCCCUUGGGUUGCUCCUGGCUUUGGGAGGGUGCUCCAGGCAUUUCCUGGGCUCCCCACCUCAUGAACACUGGGACAAAAGGAAGUCAGCAAAAAAUAAUGGUCUCUCUUGGUCUGGCCCCACUGGGAAAAGAGCCGUGGGGUGUGCAGCGACCAGGGUCUACACCGAGGGCUGCGUGUGGGGGAGGGGCAUGGUCCUUGGCAGGCUUUCCCUGUGACCUCAGGCAGGUCCCUCCCUUAUAUCCAGCACAACAGCUACAGCCAGCUUAGACAGGCAGUUCUCCGGCCUGGAUCAGCCUAGCCCAAGGUCUCGGAGGGUGGGCACGCGGUCAGUGAGGUGACAGGCAUAAUCCAGGAUGGGCUCGGCAGGGCGGCCCCCGAAGAAGCCGCUCCAGACUCUAGCUCUGGGGGGACUGGCGGCAUGCUCCUAGGGUGUCCCCCACAUCACCCCUUGGGGAAAGAGUGGAGCAGACUCCCGUGCCCCUUUCUAACUCCAGGACCUUAGGGGUGGCAGGUGUGUUAGGGCUCCAGGUGCGCGGAUCCUUCGCAGGGACACAAGCCCCAAGAGGCAGGCCGCGCGGGGGCAGCCGAAGACCCCGUCCAGUUCAGGCCAGGGAGGAACUAUCAGAGGUGUGUUAAAGCCCCGUCAGCUGGCGCAGGAGGCCCAAUGGCGAGCGCGGGCGGUGGGGCUGGGCGACCCGGGUCCGGCCCAGCGUGGGGGCGAAUUAGGUCUGGCGGGACUCUGGACCCACAGAGAGCGGUCUCCGCCGCGCCAGGCGGAGGGGGGCGCCUGCUUCGCCGCCGCGCAGCCCCCGCCUGCAGACAAAGGAGCCGGCGGGGGACGCGAGCGGGGGGUUGGGGGGGAUGGGGCGAGGGGGCGGGGCGUCGCGGUGUCACGUUACCGCCUGCAGCGCCCUUUAACUCCUGCCCCGCCCCGCUCACCGCCCCCUUCCCCGGCUACAGCGCGCUUGCCGCCCCGCCGCCAAUCAGCCGGUCCGUGUGAGCGCCCAGUGGGCGGUGCGCGGGGGCCGGGCGGCCGGCGGGGCGGGGGCAGCGCGGCGCCGGCCAAUCGCCGCGGUGUUGUUGAAACUGAAAAUACUACAUUAUGCUAAUCGCGGCGGGACCCGCGCGGUGGGGGGAGGUCGGGCCCGCGCGUAUAAAGGGGGCGCAGGCGGACUGGGCGUUCCACAGGCCAAGUGCGCUGUGCUCUAGGGGUGCGGGCGAGGCCAGUGGGACCCAGCAGGCAGGCACCGAGGGGGCGCGGCUGCCGGCCGGACGAGACAGGCGAACGAGACGCGGGAGCAGCCCACGACCAGACAGCCAGCACAUCCGCGAUGGAGCGCCUGGUCUCCAGUGGGACCUUCCCUACACUGGUGCGCACUAGCGCCUGCCGCAGACUCUUCGGGCCCGUGAACCACGAGGAGUUGAGCCGCGAGUUGAGAAUCCGCUUGGCCGAGCUGAACGCUGAGGACCAGAACCGAUGGGACUUCGACUUCGAGCAGGACGUGCCGCUGCGGGGCCCUGGACGCAUGCAGUGGAUCGAGGUGGACAGCGAGUCUGUCCCAGCAUUCUACCGCGAGACGGUGCAGGUGGGGCGCUGCCGCCUGCUUCUGGCGCCCCGGCCCGUCCCGGUGGCCGUGGCUGUCAGCCCGUCCCCCGAGCCGCCGGCCGCUGAGUCCCUCGACGGCCUCGAGGAGGCGCCGGAGCAGUCGUCCAGCGACCCGACCCUGGCGCCCACCCCGCCCCCGGCCCCAGUCCUGGCUACGGCCUCGGCCUCAGGCUCGGCCCUGGCCCCGGCCCCGGCCCCGGCCCCAGAUGCGGUGCCUCCAGACAGCGCCGAGCAAGGCGCGAACCAGGCGCAGCGCAGCCAGGAGCCUCUUGCCGAUCAGCUGCACUCGGGAAUUUCGGGACGUCCCGCGGCCGGUACUGCUGCCGCCAGCGCCAACGGCGCCGCGAACAAGAAGGUGUCCGGGCCUCUCAUCUCCGACUUCUUCGCCAAGCGCAAGAGAUCUGCGCCCGAGAAUAAGUCCUCUAGCGAGGUCCCCGCGGGGUGUACCUCCCCCAGCGGCGCUACUGGGGUGGGCGCGGCGGAGCAGACCCCGCGCAAGAGGCUGCGGUGAGCUAGUUUAGAGCCC